AUGCCCUCACCAUCCGCAAUCCGGCGAGCCGCCAAUGCCCUCACGUCACUGCCCCGCCACUUCGUCCUAUCAGAACAAGUCCGCCACGCCCUGAGCACCAAUCAACCACUCGUAGCCCUCGAGUCUACAAUCAUAACGCACGGCCUACCCGCCUCGGUCAACCUGCGCGUAGCCCAACGCUGCGAAUCCGUAAUUGAAGCAGCAGGUGCCACGCCCGCUACCAUUGCUCUGCUGGACGGACGCGUCCAUGUGGGUCUUGAAGCGCGACAACUCGAAAGGUUGGCGAGUACAGCGGAGCACAAGGGAGAGAGGGCAGUCAAGACUGCCAGGAGGGAUUUGGCAGGCGUACUGGCGAGUAAAGGCAUUGGAGGGACAACAGUAAGCGCUACAGCGCAUCUGGCCUCGAUGGCGGGUAUCGAAUUCUUUGCUACGGGCGGCAUCGGCGGGGUGCACAGGGGCGCCGAGAGGACAUUCGACAUCUCCUCGGACUUGACAACCCUCUCCACCACCCCUAUAAACCUCUUCUGCUCCGGCUGUAAAUCCAUCCUCUCCCUCCCUCUUACCCUCGAAUACCUCGAAACCCAAAACGUCCCCGUCUACUCCUUCUCCUCCCCACGCGGCGAGUUCCCAGCAUUCUACACCGCAAAGAGCGGACUAUACGUCUCACCCGUACCCGGCGGGGCGGCUGAAGGGGCGGCGCAGCUGAUAUGGAAUGCGAAGCGUGUCCUGCGCGAGAAGGCAGGAGCACUUUUCGCUGUGCCUAUUCCGGAGGAGUAUGAGGAAGAGGGGAAACGAUUACAGGAGCACGUUGAGAGGGCGGUGAGGGAAAGUGUGGAGCAGGGAGUCCACCAACGCGGCAAAGAGGUCACGCCUUGGUUGUUGAAACGCGUUGGUGAGCUCAGCGAGGGGCGUAGCCUGGAGAGUAACGAGGCGCUCGUGGUAAAUAAUUCAGAGGUGGCCGCACGGACUGCUGUGGAGUAUUGGAAGUUGAGGGGGGAGAAGGGCGUGGAGAAGAGUGUACGUGUCUAG